CAAAUCUUGCAUGCAGCUAUAGUAGUUAUGCAUUUAUCUAUAUAAAGAGAACCUUGUAUCUGUUUUAAAUACACUCACUUAAACACCCCACAAUUAUCAUUUCUUUAUAUCUAGGAAAAUGAAGUUUGCACAUGUAUAUGUUUUAGCUUCAUUUUGUAUUGCUUUUGUCGGAAUUGGUGCGACACUAUCAGGAGAAGAUUAUUGGCAAUCUGUUUGGUCAAACACUCCUCUGCCAAGUGCUUUCGCCGAUCUAUUGCUUCCUUAUGGAAAAACUAAUAACCUACCUAUUAAGUACGAAGAGUUAAACCAAUACUCGACACUCUUUUUUCCACAUGACCUUUAUCCUGGGAAAACUAUCAUCUUGGGUAACACUAAAUCUGCUGGAAACACAGUGCGACCAUUCACUGAACCAAAACAAGGUGUCACAGAUUCCAUAUGGUUGAAAAAUAAAGAAAGACAAAGUCUUGAUGACUUUUGUAAGAGCCCAACCGCUAAAGGAGAACACAAACAUUGUGUCUCAUCUUUGGAAUCAAUGAUUGAUCAUGUCAUUUCACAUUUUGGAACCACAAAAAUUAAAGCUAUUUCAAGUACCUUUGACAAAAAUCAAGACCAAUAUGUGGUGGAGGAAGUGAAAAAAAUUGGAGACAAUGCUGUGAUGUGUCAUAGAUUAAAUUUUGAAAAAGUUGUAUUCAAUUGCCACCAAGUUCGUGCAACAACUGCUUAUGUGGUCUCAUUGGUAACCCCUCAAGGAGAUAAAACUAAGGCUUUAACUGUUUGCCACCAUGACACAAGAGGAAUGAACCCCGAGUUGCUUUAUGAAGCUCUCAAAGUCAAACCUGGAACUGUCCCUGUUUGUCAUUUCAUUGGAAAUAAGGCUGCUGCUUGGGUACCCGAUAAUUCUGUUGACCAUCCUUGUGUCAUCUAGAUGCUUACUAGUCAUGCACAUCAUUUCCAAUAAAAUAUAUCACGGUAAAACCAUGCUUGACAUUUGAGGAUUUUUAACUUUAUGGGAUCCUCACGUUCAUACUAGAAUUGCUUUAAAAUAAUAGAUGUAUUUAUGGAGAACUAUGAUGUGCAAUUUUAAAUUCCAUGUAUUCUAAAUAAAACAUGCUAGUUCUAAACUAAUUAGAACUAUGGUUUGUAACUUUGUAUCUGGUGGUAUCUAAGUAUCUUAUGACCAGUUUCCUUGUAUGUUUGAAUUUCGUAAUGCAAAAGAAGUGUUUGAUA